UUUUCAUUCCCCUCAUUGCCCCUCCUUGACUUUUGCUUCCGCUACCUGGAAUAUCUAAAACAUGACUACCCCCACCGCUCUGGCCGAUUUGGCCGCUCAGAUCAGCCACGCCACUGAGCAAGUCAAUGCGUUCCUCGUGGCCAACGGCCAUCCCCAGCCCUCAUUCGAUCGUGAUGCCCCCCCGGCGUUCCCGGAUGCGCCGGCAGCCGUUCAGGCCGCCCGUCAGCAGAUCCUGGAUGCCUGUCAAACCAUGUUCGAUGUCCUCGUUGGACCGGCCGAGCAUCUCCGCUGGUUGGCGUGUCGGUACCACGACAUGUCCAGCCUCCGCUGGCUAUACCACUUCAACAUCGCCACCGCCAUUCCCCUGGACCGGGCCGUCCCGUACAGCGAGGUGGCCGCCACCGCUAACGUGGACGAGAACCGACUGAAGAGUGUGCUGCGUCUGGCCAUGACGAACCGGCUCUUCUCCGAGCCCCGUCCGGGGUUCGUGGCCCACAACGCCGCCUCGGCUCUGCUCGUCACUUCGCCCGCCCUCAAUGAUUGGGUCGGGUAUACCUCUGAGGAAACGUAUCCCGCGUCGGUGAAAUUGGUCGAGGCCACGGAGCGGUAUGGGUCCAGCCAGCUCGCGCAUCAUGCGGCGUAUAACCUGGCGUUUGAUACCGAGGAGCCUAUGUUUGUGCAUUUGCAGCGCUUCCCGGAGCGGGAGCGCAGGUUCGCGAAUACUAUGGUCGAGAUGACCUCCACGGAGGGGUAUGGCGUGCAUCAUUUGGUCGAUGGGUAUCCGUGGGAGGAGGUCGAGGGGACGGUGGUUGAUGUCGGUGGCUCCACCGGUCAUGCCAGUAUUGCUAUCAGCCACAAAGCCCCGGCAGCCCGGUUCGUGGUCCAAGAUGUCGAGGGCGUGGUCGAACAGGGCCGUGCCGCUCUCCCCCCUGCCCUGGCAGAGCGGGUCACCUUCCAGACUCAUGAUUUUUUCACCCCGCAGCCCGUCAGCGCGGACGUCUACCUCUUGCGCUUCAUUCUACACGACCAUCCCGAUGCCCGAGCUGUGAACAUCCUGCAGAACCUCCUACCCGCGAUGAAAAAGGGCAGUCGGGUGAUUCUGAACGAAGGCGUGUUGCCGGAACCGUUGACGCUGGGAAGAGGCGAGGAGAGAAUUGCACGUAGAAUCAUGGACAUGGAGAUGAUUACUACGUUUAAUGCCCGGGAACGCCCCCUCGAGGACUGGAAGAAGCUUUGCCAGGAUGCGCAUCCGGGGUUGAAGUUGAGGCGCUCGUUUAAACCGGCGGGGAGUAUCAUGUCGAUUAUGGAGUUUGUGAUGGAAUAG